AUGAAGAAAUUCAUGAGAUCAAAGAGUUGGACUAAUUCCUUGAUCAGAAACAGACCCUGCAAGACACAACCGGUGGUCGGCGGCAGCGGCGGCAAAGAGUUGAAGUUAAGGGAUUCCGGCGGCACCGGAGAAGUGAAGUGGGAAGUGCGUCCCGGUGGCAUGAUCGUCCAGAAAAGAUCAGAAGAUCAUGAAAUGAUCAGAUCGAUGAAUAAUAAUAAAAUUACAGUUAGGGUUUCGAGUGUUAAUUCACAGGGUGAUUACUGGCAGGAUGAUAUAACCGUUUCAUCUACUUCCACCUUUGGUGAGUUAAAAAUGGCGAUUUGUAUGGCUCGGGGAUUAAUUAUGGAUAGUAAUAUUAAGAGAAUUGUGUACAAAGGGAAGGAGAGAGAAGAUAAUGAGCAUGUUCAUAUGGUUGGAAUGACGGAUAAAGACAAGGUUUUCUUUCUCGAUCAUCCAUCCAUCAAUUAA